AUGGAUGCAUUAAUAUUAAAUGCUGGACAUUCGCAACUGGAAGAACAGCUAAAAAUCGCAGCAGCUUGCGGUGUCGCGGAACGACAACAUGGAUCCAAAUCUGAUGAUAUUACCGCGGUGAUAGCAACAGAAGAUAACGAUGA